AUGAAUGUAAUUAAAAAAGAAUUAAAGAAUUUAAUUGUGUAUAAAAAAUGGUUACAUAAUGUAAGAUAUAUAGGAAGCCAAAAAAAUAUAAAACAAUGUUUGGAUGGGAUGAAAGGAAAAGGAAAUAGUGUAAAUAUAUUAAGCCUAGUAAUAAGUAAUAAUAAUUUAUGUUAUUGUUUAUUAAAAAAUAAAAAUAUAAAAAAGAUAGGCUUGAUUAAUAUAAAAAAAGAUAGUUAUUCAUAUAACCCCAAUUUUAUAAGUUCACAAAAAGAAAAAAACAACAAGAGAGAAGAUAAUAAUUUAAAUUAUAAUUAUGACAAAGGUGAAAGUCCUUUAAGUUUUAAUAUCAGAGAAAUAUUAACAGUUUUAAACUUUAUUAAAUUAUAUUCCAACAGACAAGAUGAUACAAAUAUAGAAUAUGCUCAAGGACAAAAUGAAAUAAAUACUUCAAACACACACAAUGAAAAUAAUAUGUUAGCAAAUGGUAAAUCGGAGCAUUAUCAAAAGGGAAGUAAAAAUGGGGGUGAAAAAAAUAGUGAUCAUAUAAACCAAGUAAGUAAUAAUAAUAAUGCAGAACAAUGGGUUAUAGGGAUUGAAAAAAUAAAUGAAAAAUAUGAAAAAAAUAAAAUAAAAGAAAAAAUAAUGUCUAUUAUUGUUUAUUUUUUACAAUCUAUUUUUAAAUGUAAAAUAAUUUUUUUAUGUCCAAAAGAAGCUCGAAAAUAUUUUAGUAUAAAAUGUAAUCAUACCUUAAAUAAUAGAGAAGAAACAUAUGCAUUUAUAAAAAAUAAAAUAAAAGAUUUUCCAAGUGUUGAAAAUAAAAAUAGUAAUAUAAAUUUUUUAUUUAGUGAUGCAUAUGUUAUAUCAUUUUACACAUAUAGAUAUUAUAUGCAUGAUAUCAUAAAAAAUAAUAGACUAAUUUUUAAUUAUUUAGAAAAGGAAGUUAAAAAAAAUAAAAGCUUUAAUCACAUUUUGCAAACCCUAAAAAGAACCCAAAAUGAACAAAAUAAACUCGAUUUAACGGACUUAUUAAAAAACAAAAUCAAUAGAAUAGUUGAAAAUGAGGCAUACAAAUUGGUUGAUAAACAUUUUGUUUAG